AUGCUUCAACAUAUGGGCUUGAUUAUGAUAACUGGAAGAAAGAUAUUACCAAUGUGAUUGAUAGCAAAAUUUAUGAUUUUGAGAUAGAAAAGGACUCAAAAAAAAAAAAGAAGAAUUUGUAGGGAAUUCAAUGACUACGUAGAUGACGAAAAAGAAGUAUUUAGAGACAAAAAAUGUAAGUCAUUAAAUGUUAAAGGAGAGUCUAAAUACAAAUGUGACGACGCAUGGGGUGAAGUUGAACAAUACAUAAUUGACAAAAUAAAAGAGAAGCCCAACCCCCAAUGUAAUAGAAUCCCUAGUAUUUAUCCAAAAGAGAAAAGAAAUAAAAGGAGGGAGAUAAUAAAUUUUUGUGAAGAUAGGGAUACACGUUUUGAAGACAUGAAAAAGAGGAACAAAAAUAAUGAAUGUUUAAGUUAUAAUCAAUGGAUAGAUGAAAGCAGAAAUCAAUUUACGAAAAGAAAUCAAUGGAGUAUAAGUGACAGCAGGGAAAAGGAUGAAGCUUUCACAAUUUCUAACAAUUGUACGUUGAUCAAUAUGGAGAUGUUUUCAAAGGAGAAUUGUAGGAUAUAUAAUUCGAAACCAAAACCGACUCCAAGUAAUUCAUCAAGUCAACAAAAUUCAGUUACUUAUUUAGUAUCUUUACAAGAAACAUCUAAUAGCAAUGAAAAGAUGACUAAGGCUAAUUCACAUACCACUACCCUCAAACCUACAAUAUCUGCAGCCACAAGAAUGGCUUUGGAUAAUCCCGUACCCCUAUCUUUAAGUGCAUCUAAACUUGCACCUACGCUUGUAUCUACAUCUCUAGAAGUAACUACACCUAAUUCUAAAAAUUUAAAUACAUCUACAAAUACAUCAUCAUAUGCAAAUCCAUCAACAUCCAAAGCUUCAUCAGAAUCUGACACUACACGGAAAACUAUGACUGCAUUUCCACCUACAAACAUAUCUAUAAAAGAAUCACAAGCAUCCUCUACAAGAAUAAGUAAUAUUUCUUCAGAUCCUAUUGCAAGCCAUCCUAGUAUAAUAAACAAUAAUGCUAUUAGUUCUGUAGGUUUGAUUUAUUAA